AGCCAGUGGCGCACAGACUUUCACUUCCCGGAGCCCGGAGAAGUGCUGGAGCGUGAGCCAUGCUUACGGCUGUACUGCGGCUCGGGGGCUGUUCUCAGGCGUGGAGAUCGGUGAGGAUGGCUAGCUCCGGGGUUACCCGCCAGAAACCGCUCGCGAAUAAAGUGGCCCUGGUUACAGCCUCCACCGACGGGAUCGGCUUUGCCAUCUCCCGGCGUCUGGCCCAGGAUGGGGCCCAUGUGGUCAUCAGCAGCCGGAAGCAACAGAACGUGGACCGCGCAGUGGCCACGUUGAAGGGGGAGGAGCUCAGUGUGACGGGCACCGUGUGCCACGUUGGGAAGGCCGAGGACCGGAAGCAGCUGGUGGCCAUGGCUGUGAAACUUCAUGGAGGUAUUGAUAUCCUGGUCUCCAAUGCUGCUGUCAACCCCUUCGUUGGAAACCUGAUGGAUGUCACUGAGGACGUAUGGGACAAGGUUCUGAAUGUUAAUGUGAAGGCCACGGCCUUGCUGAUAAAAGAAGUGGUUCCAGAGAUGGAGAAACGAGGAGGUGGCUCAGUGGUGAUUGUGUCUUCCAUAGGAGCCUUCUAUCCAUUGCCUGGCCUGUGUCCUUACAAUGUUAGUAAAACAGCCUUAUUGGGCCUUACUAAGAACCUGGCCUUAGAGCUGGCUCAGAAGAACAUUAGAGUGAACUGUUUGGCACCUGGACUCAUCAAGACUAACUUCAGCAAUAUGUUGUGGGCGGACAAGGCAAGAGAGGACAGUAUAAAAGAAUCCAUGCAUAUUAUGAGGAUCGGCAAGCCAGAGGAGUGUGCAGGCAUCGUGUCUUUUAUGUGCUCUGAAGACGCCAGCUACAUCUCAGGGGAGACAGUGGUGGUAGGGGGAGGAACCCCAUCCCGCCUCUGAGGACAAGGCCAGGCAGAGGUCUCUGAGGAAUUUGAGGGGAGAUGGGAGAGAACUUGGAGUGGAGCGAGCAGGCCUGGAAAUUAACAGUUUGCAAAUGAGGUGCAAAUAAAAUGCAAAUGAUCGUC